AUGACUUUCAAAGGCAAAGUGGCUAUCGUGACCGGUGCUGCCUCCGGGAUAGGAGCUGCUACAGUCAAAGCAUUGGCCGGAGAAGGUGCCAAGGUGGUCCUGGUCGAUAUAGACGAAGAAAAACUAAAAGAAGUCGCAAAUCAAUGCGAACAGCACGGCAACAAACCCCACAUCAUCAGAGCAGAUAUCACUAAAGACGAAGAUGUCAAAACCAUCGUGAAAGAAACCAUCGACCAAUUCGGUGAAUUGGACAAUCUGGUCAAUAAUGCAGGAACUGCCAAGGAUUCAUGCAUAUUUAAAGAAAAUUGUAUGGAACGUUAAGACCUCGUUAUGAAC